AUUUAUGCGUGGCUUUGCUCCACCCCUAGUUUUUGCAGCUGUUCGUUGCUGCAGAUGCGUCUCUGCAUGAAGCUCGCCUUUGUCAACAAAACAAGAAAUCAAGACAUUCGUUUGAUGGAAUAGAAUGUCUUUGCUGGAGAUGGGAAUUGGAUUGUCGGUUAUUUUUUCACAUUAGCAAUUUGAAAGCGAUCAAACAAAGUGCAGCUAAUGUUUACAGCUGGGCUCCAAGGAGACAAGCUAGUUUAUGUCAGCGUUGAAGGCAGGAUGAACCAUUACCAGCAUCUCUACACAGGCAUAGGGUACCCAGUUUCCCUUUUCCCCCUGAAACGCAUCGCCAUGCCUGGACAGCUCUCCAGCAGCGAACCCCCUCUGUCAGGCCUGCUUCCUUCCCCCACCUGGGUUCCCGGCCCUGUUCACCCCUUCCACUUCCGGGUGCGCACUGAACCCAUCGACUGGCGCCGGAUCGGGGCUCUGGAUGUGGACCGUGUCGCCAGGGAGAUGGACAUUGGGCUCCUCCAGGAGCACAUCACCGGGGUGACCUUUUGCGAUGUCAGUGGUGAGAGGUGCCCCCACUGCAGGGGCUCAGUGGACCCCGCCCUGGUGAAGGUCCUGCGUAUGUCACAGCUCAGCACUGAGUACCUGCUGCACUGCCAGGACUACCUGAGCGCCCAGCUCGGCAGCCUAGAGGAGAGACUGCAGGGGGUGCUCUCUGCCGCGGAGCGCGAGGCUGAGGAGAAGGCCAAGCUGGACACCGAGCUGCAGGCUGAGAGGCUGGAGAGCAAGCGCAGGAAGAAAAUGAUCACCACCCAACAGCUCCUCCUGCAGGCCGCUUCCAAUAACUACCACAAGUGCCAGUUCUGUGAAAAGUCCUUCAUAAACUACUCCUACCUUCAAGCUCAUCAACAGCGCAGGCAUCCGGAGGCCACAGAAACAGAGAAGCAGAAGAAGAAGCAGUUGGAGCAGGUGGAGGAUGGGAUCGAGGAGCUGAGGGAGAGGCUGAGGCUUAGCCAGGCUGCCCUGGACGCCGAGAAGGAGGCUGUCGCUCUGAGGAGGAACCAGGAGCUGGAGGAGCAGAGGAGGAGGGAGGUGUCCGAACGGCAGGAGCUGGACCGCUGGAAAGAGGAGGAGAGGAGGAAGGUCUAUCAGGAGAUGGCCGAACUCAAGCAGUUGUUCCUGCAGGAGUUCAAAGACAUCAACAGCAAGAGCUCCUCCAUCGAGGCUAAACUGGAGGUGCUGCAGAGGAGGGAGGUGCACAGUAUGCCAGAAAUACGUGUGUCCAGAGAUGAGGAGGAGCUGGAGAAGACGGAGGCUCGAGAGAAGGAGCUGAGGGAGAAGCUGGUGCGUCAGAAGAGUGACUGGAAGAAGAGAGUGAAGGAGCUUCAGAACAAGCAUCAGCUAGAGAAGGAGGAGCUGCAGAGAGAGAAUGAGAGGCUCAUGCGUCUGACCACGUCUGAGGACCAGAGCUCAGGCCUGCAGCGGCUUCAGCAGCAGGUCAACUCUCUCUCCUCCCAACUCCACAGCAAGGACCACCUCAUCCGCACCCAGGAAGACAAGAUUAAGAAGCUGUCUGCAAAGCCAGCAGCAGCACCAGCACCACCUGUUAGACAAGAUGCUCUUGAGUCAUCGGAAGAAGUAGAAGAAGAGGAGGAGGAAGAAGAGGAAGAUGAUGAGCUGGAGCAGUUGGAGGCCAGGAGGCAGCAUCGAGAGUCCCUGAAGAAGAACCCUGACAUGCUGAGGGAGUUCAGGCCCAUCCUGCAGGACAAUAUGGAGGCCAGACUGGAACGCAUGGGGCUGAAAAAGGGAACCAAGGGCAUCUCCAAGCAGACGCUGAAGAGUCUGACCUCAUUGUUGGCUGGGCAGAGGCAGCAGAAGGCCAGGCAGGACCCUAACCUGCAGAGCAUGAGGGAGAAGGUCCAGGCCGAGGUGAACCGCCGCCUGCGCCUUGGACAGAAGAGCCAGAGCAUGACCAUAACCAGAGCCACCACUCAGAGCCAGAAAGUGAAGGUGGCUGCUGGCCGUUCAAAGGAGAAGAGUGCCAAGCCUAAACAGACCACUGUGAAAUCUGUUCCAAAACGAGGGAAGAGUCCAGCUCCUCAACCCACCCCACGCUCUAAACUACUUAUGACCCCACACACAAAAGUUAAGAAGAGCAGUACCCCACCCUUCAGUUCAGAGGAGGAGUCGAUAGGGGACAGUGCUUACAUCACCAGCCCCAGUAAGCCCACUCCCUCGGUCCGGCUGGUGCAGUCGGGCCCCCAGCAGAACCUUCCACAGGGUCCCUCCAGUGCUCCCACAGACGACUGGUCCGACUCAGACCUCUCAGAAGAAAUUGCAGGGACCAGCACCCAGCAGGGCCUGAGCACCCAAGGGUCAGUUGUCCAAACCCUGACAAGGAGCCUCGAGAGACAGCUUACCUCACCAAUGAGCAAACCUGUGGGUGGGAUUAGAGUAAUACCACCCGCCACCAAAGCCACGACUCAAUCAAAGAGUGUGGUGAAAAAACUCCAGUUAUCGGAUGAAGACAGUGACCUGGAGCUGUCUUCCAUAGAGGAGGUGUCAGCUGAGCCAGUAGGGGUGCGGAGGAGCUCUGAUAUUGGGGGCACGUCGGGCACCAGCGUCUGGAGUUCCUCAACCAGCCGUCCAGGAGGGUGGGCCAACCCCUGAAGCCUUUAGGUUUAUAGGUACACACUUUCACAGCAACAUGUAGCACCCCCACCACACAUACACAGACAGGCAUAGAAAACAUGCCCAUACUUUUAAGGGAACAAGAGGGCACUACAUAUCUCACAUGUAUUCUCGAUUCUGUGUAGUUUUUACAAAUAAGUGUUAUGCUUGAAUUGGGUUAGCAAUAAGUGAAAAAGAUAUAUUUAGCCUAUGUGUUCCUUGUAAAGUGAUUUAAACACAUGGAUUUUUAUACUAUUACUAUACAUGUCUGUAUGCAUUUUCUGUCUCUGAUUCAAUUUUAUAUGAACAAUUUGUAUAAGCUUUGUUAUUAUGAUAUUUAUAAAGCACUUGUUAUGGUACUUCCUUUUUAUUAAGCUGCUUUUACAUCAACGUAAUAAAACAAAUCUCUGGGCAAACAGAGAUUUCUAAAUCAA